AACUAAACAGCAGUAUUAUUUCGAAAGAGAAACUACCGGAAGAGAAGCGAUGAAGAGGUGUUGGGCCGACCACAAGGGAAGUAACUCAAACGGUUUCCUCUAACGCGCGAAAUAGUGUUAAUCGGAUUUCGCUGAACCAAAAGCAAAUAGUAAUGACAGGACAUCAUUAACCAGGACUGUAUGUCUGGAAAUUAUGAGUGAAGCUUCUACACUUCUGCAGAGUUGGAUCUUAGAUUAUGCAUGCCGUCACCGUUUUGAAUCCAUCAUACAAAAUAUUAGCAGCCGAAACGAUGGUCACCUGGAGUCAUUGGCUGUGUGCCAUUCACGACUUGCCUGUUCCACCAUUUACUUCAUCGUUCAUAAAGAACAGUUCUCAUAUUUUGACACAGUCAUUAAGAUUAUCGAACAGUUACACAAAGACUUUCCAUCCCACAUGAUCAAUAACAAUAUAUACAAUCGCCUAAUUAUUGGUUUGAAAAUAAGAUAUCUAUUCAAUGAACUCAAAUGUAACUUCAACAAUGUUCUGCUCAAACUGAAUGCCUACUUUCCUCGUGUGCCUGCCAAUAAUGGAAAUGAACAGUUGCUUGAAAAGCAGAGGAACUUUAGGAAAUUUUUUCUGUCUCUAAUCGCAAAUAAAAGCCAAAGGAAACUAUACUUAAAUAAUGAAUUUAAUUCAGAAUUUGGUUGUGACUUCAUGGAGAGCAUUAAGACUUUAACUGAUAAAUUUUUAAGCAACUUAGAAACUUAUCUGAUGCCUCCAGUCAUAGAUCUGCUUUUGGCUUCUGACAAUUUCCAGAAUUUGCCCGUUUUAUCUCCAGAAACAGAAAUGUUGUUGGAUUUUAUAUACGAUGUUAAAAACCAACCGAAUGGAGAUGAAGCGUCAGAUGGAGAGCAAGAAGAAAAGACUUUAAUGUUCAAAGAACAGGAUCUGUUGCAUAUGCUCAAUCUGUUGUGUCCCCUUCACCCAGAAGAACCACCAUCAUUUGACCACCAUAUUAUUCUAACAAGAUCGGCUUCUGAUUCUGUCUCACCUGAUGAAGAGAAACCACCAACAUGUUCUGAACAAAUUCAACCACAAGAUAGUCCUGGUGAAGAUCUUCAACAGAAUGAACAGGAACCUCAAGAAUUUUACACUCUAAUUUAUAUCAGCCCUGGCGAAGAAUCUGAAGAUAAUGACAAUGAAAAUUCAACAUCCUCACUAACUCAAGAACCAGACAAGCAAGAUUUGAAACGAGAAAUAGAAACAUCUUCAGAACCUUUACAAAAACCAGAGAUAGAGGCCCAGUCAGAACCUUUACAAGAACCAGAGACAGAAACAUAUUCAGAAGUUUUACAGACUAAUUUAAAAGAAAUUAACAACAAACCAGUUUGUGACUUACCUAGAAAAGAAACGAAUUUGAUUGGAUCAGAUGCCUUAGUUCUACAAUCUACCUGUUCCAAAUUUUCUAAUGAUGAACAAAUUGUAAACAUCUCAGUUAAGAAUUGUACAAAACCUUCCUACAGCAAUAAUUAUAAUCUUCAAAAUGAUCUUAGCGUUGACCACAACUUCACCAGUGAAUAUAAUAUCUUUCAGUCAUCUGAUAGCAGCUCUGAUUUUGAGUCAAAUUAUAAUUUUGUGUGUCCACCAAGCUCAGAUUCUGAACAAAUAUUUUAUUGUGGUAAUCUUUUCAACGAUGAUCCAAACUAUGUUUGCGAUAAUAAACAGCCAGAGAAAGAGAUCAAUGCUUUUAAUAGUAAAUCAUUCAGGAAUGAGGAUAUAUCCACCAUAUCUACACCUGAAAUGACAACAUGAAUGAAAAAACUUUUGUUCAUAAAAAAUUUAAAAGGUUAUUUUUUUAUUCAUCCCAUAUAUACAGACACACAUACAAAAAAAAGAAACAGUAAUUAUAAUUGAAAAAUUUAACAACUUGAUUACUUCCAAAAAGCUGCUAACUUUUUAUCAAAAGAGUUUUUGCAGAUAUUUUUUUAUUGUGUGUUUCAAACCAGUUUUGAGGUCAGGAUCUUUAGCUACUAAUCUCCGGGUUGUCAAAUUGUGUAUAGAUCCAAAUGCUAUUGCAAUUACUGUACAGGCAAGACAAAUCACAUUAUAAGGCAUGCUAAAGUCUGGAGUUGGCAGUGAGAGCAGCAAGUUUUCAGUAUGAAUCCUCACAAGAAGCUGAUCAGAAUCAGCUGAUUCUCUGAAACUAAACAAAAUUUUUUAUUAUUUCAUAACAUAUAUACAAUUGAAUUUCUUUCUUUGAAAAUUAUUUAUUUCAUCCAACAUAAAAUAUUAGUAACUUAUUUUAUUUAAAGAUAAGGAAAUAAUUUUAUUCUCAAACGCAGGAUAAUGCUAAUAUAGCAUUAACAGGAUAAACUACCCAUAUUUUGCAGGAAAAUGUGUUGGCGGCCAGCCAACACAUUAUUUUUAUUAUUUACUCUCUAUAUUCAGUAUGUUAUCCCUACCACUUAAUUAUAUUUCCUUCAUGCAGAAGACACCCCUAGGAAAUUUUCCCCAAUCUUUACUAGUUUCAGUUUGCCUAAUUAAACUAAAAAAAAAAUAGUAUGGGCUCUGUCCAUUCUCUUCUGAGUGGUUAUUGGUAAAAGUCAAUUGCUUGAAACAUCCUACCAAGCAAGUAUAGGAAAAAAAGGAGAAAAAAAUUUCAACUUUACAUAUUAAAGAUUUUAUAUUGUAUCAACAGCUUUAUAAAUGAAAAUAAUUUCAAUUAGGGUUUACCUGUCAAUUAGAACAGAGGAUUGUUGUCGAGGAGAAGUGUAGUUUCUAGCCACAGGAAGAAUUGCAGAAAUCACAGCGGAAUUGAUAUAAAAACCAUGAUUGGCAUCAGGAGGAUAUUCUGUCCAUUUCAGGAAGGCACGGUCAAAAUCAAAAGAAAGUGAGCUCACAGAAUUUGGUGGGAGUUCAACAACUAUUUCUAAAGUGUAAGGCUGCACUCUGUCUUUUCCUUGUAUAUAGUUUAUAGCAACUGGGAAUAAAACGAAUGAUAUAUAUUACUAAUGAAAAGAUUAAUUCUAAAUGUUUACAUCUCAAUACAGAAACUAUGCUUAAUCAGUUUAUUACAUAUGUUAAUUAGCAAUGAUUUUUAAAAGAUUAGGGUAAAAUUAACCAAAAGUGAGACCUCAAUUAAGAGAAUAUCUUCAAUUAUGUAAAGCUGCGUGCCACAUUAAAUUACCAAAUAUUUUUUUUAAUUUUUAACCAUCUGUCAUGCGUUGCAAUAUUCCAAAAUACAUUUUCUUGCAAUAAGCUACCACUUAAAUGUUUUUAACACUGUUUUCUCUUCUAAUUUUUAUUAAACAUGUUUUCUUUCUCUCUUCA